CGCCUCUUUACCUCUUGUGUCCCCCUCGUUAUCCUCUGCUGGUGGAGAGCUGGUUGCCUGUAACCCCCCCGAUUGGCCACAAUCACGAACCCUAACCCUAACCCUCAGUAGGAGAAAGGGAAACGAAAAGUGUUUAAAAACCGCUAGCAAUAAAAUGGGAAACCUCUGCUCCCGCGGCGAGUCAAUUCGAGAGAUGCGGACCGAAAUCGAGGAACUACGGAAGGACAUAGAAAGGAUGGCGAGGGAUAGAGAGGUUCGGGAGGUGCAGGCUAGGGAUGGAAGAGCUACUGCUCGGGGUGGUGGCAGCAGCAGUGGGAUAUGCCAUCAAGCACCAAUAGCAACAAGGAUGAGCUGGCCAGUUGGGAGCUUCAGAAGCAUCGAGGAGUCUAGGGCAGCUGAGGAAUUUGUGGCUAGGGUAAGGAGGUCAAGGAAUUACGGGAGGGACAGGAGUUGAAGAUGUCACGCUACACAAGGGGAUGGAUGAUUUCUUAGUGAUGAUUGAUGACGUAUUGGUUUGGCGGAUGAAAAGUUUUUGGUGUAACCUAAUCUAGUAAGCAGGAAAUUUAGUCCUUAGGAUCUUAUUCUACUAUCAAA